AUGGUGCUCAGUUUUUCAAGAUGUCGUCGCUGGAGCAGAGGCUGUCGCGGAUCGAGGAGAAGCUCAAGCUGGAGAAUGAAGAAGCUCGCCGGAGGAUCGACCUGCACAUCGACAUGAGCCCGCAGCGGACACGUCCCCGGCCCACGCUCCAGCUGCCACUGGCCAACGACGGAGGCAGCCGGUCAUCGUCUUCAGAGAGCUCGCCUCAGCACCACCCCUACCCCAGCCGCCCGCGAAACAUGCUCACCCUGCCCACACCCCCGUAUGGCCUACAGAAGAGUCUAGAGAAUGCAGAGAUUAACCAGAAACUGCAGGAGAUCAUGAAACAGACUGGUUAUCUGAAGAUUGACGGUCAGCGGUAUCCAGCCGAGGUGACAGACCUGAUUAGUGAGGGCGAGAUCGGCAGUGGGACCUGCGGACAGGUUUUCAAAGUACGAUUCAAGAAGACGGGCCACGUCAUCGCUGUCAAACAAAUGCGUCGUACAGGAAACAGAGAUGAGAACAAGAGGAUUCUGAUGGACCUGGACGUUGUGCUGAAAAGUCACGACUGCCCUUAUAUCAUCCAGUGCUACGGCGCUAUAGUUACCAACACGGAUGUAUUCAUUGCCAUGGAGCUAAUGGGAACAUGUGCGGAGAAGCUGAAGAAGAGAAUCCAGGGCCCCAUCCCAGAGCGAAUUCUAGGAAAGAUGACAGUUGCAAUAGUGAAAGCGUUACAGUACCUAAAAGAGAAACACGGUGUCAUUCACCGGGACGUCAAACCCUCCAACAUCCUGCUGGAUAAUAAAGGUCAGAUCAAACUUUGUGAUUUCGGCAUCAGUGGACGCCUCGUCGACUCCAAGGCCAAGACCCGCAGUGCUGGCUGUGCCGCCUACAUGGCGCCAGAGAGAAUAGACCCUCCAGAUCCAACCAAACCUGACUAUGACAUCCGAGCAGAUGUGUGGAGUCUUGGCAUCUCUCUGGUGGAGCUGGCCACAGGACAGUUUCCCUACAAGAACUGCAAGACAGACUUCGAGGUUCUGACCAAAGUGCUGCAGGAAGAUCCUCCGACGCUGCCUCUCGGCAUGGGCUUCUCCCUCGACUUCCAGUCCUUCGUCAAAGAAUGCCUCACAAAGGAUCACAGAAAAAGGCCAAAAUAUCGUCAGCUGCUGGAGCUGAGUUUCAUCCAGCGUUACGAGGUGCUGGUGGUGGACGUGGCCGGUUGGUUUCAGACGGUGAUGGAGCGCACCGAGUCGCCUCGCAGCAGCCAGUGUUACAGCCAUCAACACCAGCUCCACUCGCUCUUCAGUAGGUAGCCUAGCCCAGCCCCGACGUGAGCUUAGCCAUACGCUUGUCUAGCCUAGCUUUAGCUUUGCCAAGCCCAGACUCAAGUCUGUCCUAGUCUAGUCCAGCGUCAUCAGCUAAGCCUAGCGUUAGACCCAGCCCACCAGUCCAUCUGUCCACCGGAGAGCCCAGAGAAGAGGAGGAAGCAACGGAGGACUCUGGAUGGACAGACGGACAAAGAGAUGGAAUGAAGGAUGGAUAGACGACACAGGUGGUUCUCUUUGUAACGACAUCAUAUCUGGACAGGCAGACACAGGGAGGAGGGAGCAGAAAAGGGCCCGACACUGUAGUUAGCUUCUUUUAUGUACCCACUGUUACGUCUCGUUACACUAUGUCUCACACACACACACACUUAAAUGCAAACGUGUGUGUCUUUUAUGUUUGAAUACAUUUUCUACAUUAGUUUGUCACCUACACGUCUGUCUCCAGCAUUGAUCCAAGCCAUUGGAUCAGUAAACAGCGUAGUCUCUACACACUGGAACAAAGCAUCUGCUACAUUAGCACUCACGGGUCACUCUUGGACAUAAACGUUAAGGAGGACACCGCAGUGCAAUUAUGGCUCUUCAGGUGUUUCUACUAUCACACACUCUCAGGCUGUAUCUGUGUGUGUUUGUGUCUGUGUCUGUGAGUGAGCAUUUCCAUGUAUGUGUGUGUGUGCGCGUGUGUGAGAGAUAUCCUGACACAGUCACUGGUUGUUUUUAUAAGAUUAUAUUUGCUAGUCAUUUAUUCAUCCUCACACUACAGCCCUAACAAGUUCACCUGUAGGCUCAUUUUCAACACAUAACAAUAGUAGUUCUCAUUAACUGUGCUAUGAAACAUGUUUAGAAAAAUUGUAUUUAGCUGCGUAAUUGGAAAAAACACAACGAAAAAGACUCACAAAAAAAUUAGUGUUGCAUUCCAGAUUUGCUUUGUGUUUGCGAGUUAGAAGAACUUAAAGAGAUAUGGAGGGAUGUUUUAAAGAGAGAAGAGGAUGUGGAGAGGGUAGAGUCCAACUCUUUUUAGAAGUGCUGGAGAAAAAAACGAGGGUGGGAGAUGUACGCUCGUCGAUUACCAUUCGAAGUUUUUAUUCGUUACUGGUGCAAGAAAGUAGAGAGAGGUUGGAGGUCAUGUAGAAGUGCGAUAUGAUUGAGAAGGCAUUCGGACGAGAGCGUAUCUUGUACAAAGGAUCUAAAUGGAGCAGAUCUUAUAACCUGUGGAGUGUUUCUUGACUUCACUCCCUGUUUGUCUACCUCUCUGUCUGCCUCUGCUGUUUAGAGUAUUGUACUGCUCCACAGUGUUUUCAGACCAAAGGCUGCGCAUAGCUUGUUGCAGGUGGAGGCAGAGAGAUUUAGACCUGACAUUAUGCAACCUCACAGACAAGUCUAUUGAGAAUAUGUUGGUGUUUUACGGAGAGCAGGGGAUUCAGUUAACUGGCCCAGGUAAAGAAUUGAUUGUUAAACACCACCAAUUUAUCAUGGUUUAUUUUAGUUUACUCCUUUCCCUGAGGUUUUUGUGUGUGUCAGUCUCUCACUGGAGGCCUAUGUUUUUUUUCCCCUCUCUUAUUCUUAGUGUUGGAAAAUAGUUAAAAAUGUAAAGUCCUGCAUAUUCUCAGGGUCAUAAUUGCUUGUUUGUUGUUUCUCCCCCUGGACAAACGAUCAGAAAUCCAGUCAGUUAUUUUGUGUAAACUUACUCAUUAACCAACAAGACAAACAAAUGGACUGGUUGGAGGUGAUUGUUAUCAAAAUAAUUUCAGUUUACUGUUGAUCACCUAAACUGAUUAAUCAAGCAGUGGAUAUAUACCUACUAUGAGCUGAGAUUUACAGCUCUCAGAUUUGGCAUUGUGUACUUGACUCUGGCAUGGACACUGAAUCUUAAGAAUUGAACUGAACUGGUUCCUCCUACCCCCCCAUCGUGCACCAAACCAAAUCACUGCCACACACAGAGACCUGAGGAGCGACGUUGAUCGAGACAGGAAACUGUAAAGUGACAGAGAGAGGAUGAGAGAUGCAGGAAUGUUGUCAAGAUGGCAGAAGAGAUGAGUGGAAAUGAAAGGACAGGAAAACGAGUGGAGAGGACAGAGUGAGGUGAGAAGGAAGAUGGGGAGUAUUACGAAAGUAGUGGAAUGGGAUGUUGAAGAAAAGUCUGAAUCGGGCUGGAGUUGGAAGACAGGAAGUAAGAGUUUGAAAAUGGAGACAGGAAACGGGGAAGGAAAACAUCAGGCCGAGUUUCACAGGGCGGCUGAUCUCUGAGGCCAGCUGGAUUUUGUAAAAAGCUUUCAUUGUGUUACACCAACCUACCAAUUUUGAUUCUAGUGAGUAAGUUACCUUCUUGUGUUUAUGAUGUUCUGUUGAAAGAAUUUUAUUUAUUACAUUGCUACUGCUGCUAUGUUUUAUUGCUUUAGAUGCUGCUGUCACCUCUUUUCCCCAAAGCAUAAAUACUUUAUACAUUUUUCUUUCAAGCCAAAUAAAUGAAAUAAUGCAAAGUCUACACGUUUUACCAAAUACUGAAGAGCAAGUGUGAGGAGGGCAACAGCAAGUGAGAGGUUGGGAGACGGAUUAGAAGAGAAAGUUUCUGGGAGGUUAGCUUCACAAGACAAACUAACACACACAUUAUAAACACACACCUCACCUCAGAUGUAGCUUUGUGUGUCAUGGUUGUAGUUGAUUGUCUGUAUCCCAUCGUCACGCUUCAUGUCUGUACAGUGUAGAUAUGAUUAGAGGGGAUGUCUGUCUGUCCGGAUGCUCUGUCAAGUCCAUCCAUCCCUCCGUCUGUCCACAGGUCGCCUGCAAGCUUGACAACCUUGACAGUUCACACCAAAGGUGUCCACAACUCAACAUAAAUACAAAAGCGUUGUUGUUAUUGUUAUGACUAUUGUUAUUGACAUUAUAAUUGAUUACUCUCAGCUAUGGUUAUAUAUAUGAAAUCUCUCUAUAGCUAGUGGGAGA